UAUAAAAAGGAGAUUGGUUGAGGCUCAUUGUUUUUCUCAGUAACACUCUCUCCCUCUUCCUCUGUAUCAUUGAGGCUCUCUCAUGAACUCUAAAAAUGGGAACUCGGAUGGGUUGUCCAUCGUCAUCUCGGCUGGCCACCAUUCUAAAGCCCGGACAACAUGUAGACUCAGGCGAGCUCUUCUUUCUCUGCCUAUCCCUCGCCAGAUAUGUGAACAAAAAAGUUAUAUCUCCUUACAAGCUAUGAUUAUGGUGGUAAUGAUUUCUGUAAAGAAUGCUUGUAAAGUUGGAUGGUUUUCUGAAAAGGAGACCAAUGAGCUUUAUACUCUAGCUAAUGAGGGAUGUACUUCUGCAGUCCAGGGGAUAUUAACACUGCACCUAGCUGUUUGGAUUCUACCGUUGCAACAGUCAUGACUAGGUUUUAUCCACAAUUGAAGAUCGGCCAUAUUCUUGUUUCUCUUGAUGUCAAGCCUGGAUAUGGGAUCUACGCAAUUGAUUUCCAGAUAUUGAAGAACAAUGCGCAGUCUCAAGAGGAAAAGAUUCACUUAUUUGUAGCACAAGUUGAUAAUGUGGAGACAUCUGCAUGUAUUAUAACUCCUCAACAAGUAAACUUCAUUGUGAACGGAAGGGGAGUAAAGAAGAGAACUAAUGUGUAUAUGGAUGUCGGCCCACAGAUGCCAACUAAUGUGACUCCGUGAUGAAAUAUGGAACAAAUCUACUUCAAGCUGUGGGCCAGUUCAAUGGUCACUACGUUAUUGUUGUUGUCUUUAUGAGAGAGACAAAAUUAUGUGACAUUCCUGUCCUGUCAGAUUAUGUUCAGGCUCUUGCAGAUGGAUUCGAUUCAGGUGUGCUAAAAGGAACUGUAGUUGUUUUGGGAUUAAUUCUUCUAAUCUGAUUUUUUUUGAAGAAUAGAAAGGCCAAUAUAUAGGCAAAUUAUAAUGUACAAGAUAGCUAAAAAAGGAAAGAAGUAAAUAUUACAACCUAUGCUUAGCUGUACAAGACACCCUUGAUAUUUACAAAUAUGCUAUCACUAUUUCUACACUCCCUCUCAAGCUGUGUUGUAUAUGUUAUACAAACCUAGCUUGGAAUUAAAUUCUUCAAAAUUCGUUCUUGGUAGGGCCUUUGUUAGGAUGUUGGCAAUCUGUUUCUUUGUGAGAAUGUAGUUGAGUUCAAUGACUUUUGAAUUUACUUUCUCAAAAAUGAAGUGUCGGUCGAUUUCAAUAUGUUUAGUUCUAUCAUGGUGAACCAGAUUCUUAGCAAUGUUGAUUGCAGCUUGACUAUCACUGUACAUCU